AUGAUAAACAUAGAACAAAUAGAAGAAAUACUAAAAAGUAAACCAUUUUCAAAAGUUAUAAUUUUAUUAAAAGAUAAUAGUAAUGAUACAAACAAAAAUCAAAUUACUGAAGAAAUAACAGAUGUAGAAGAAAAUGAAAAAAAUGAAGAAUUAAAUAAAAACCAAGAAAAUAAUAAUACAACUA